AUGCAAACGCUCGCCCACCAGAAAGGAGACAUGGCAACUUCCAAGGCCUGCAAUGCGUCAAACGUCCUCAUGGGCCUGUUGAAUUACUCGACCAUCAAAUUGGAGAAGGUCAUUCUGGGCCGCGAGAAUACGCCUCAUGUUAUGCAGAUGAGUCUUUUUAAGAAUAAGGCAGCCAUGGUUCAGAUGAUUAAAGGGGCCGAAGCCGCGGGAUUCAAAGCCCUCUUCGUUACGCUGGACUGUCCGUAUCUCGGACGCAGGCUGAACGAGUUCCGAAAUCGGUUCAGUGUGCCAAAGGGGAUGGAGUUUCCCAAUCUGUUUCCUGGGGUGGAUGUGACCAACCUGGAAGAUGGGGAUGAAAGGAUGGCUUAUGAUUUGAAUGGCCCGAAAUUAUCCCCUUUCUUCCGACAGCACACUAACAUGCAGAUAUGGGCGAAGGGAAUCUACACGUCCGACGACAACCUCCUUGCGAUAAAGCACGGCUUCGAUGGCCUGAUCGUUUCCAACCACGGCGGCCGGCAGCUCGACGGCGUCCUCUCCUCUCUCGACGUCCUCCGCGAAAUCGCCCCCGCGUCGCACGCGGCAAGAUCCCCAUCGCUAUAG